AUGCCUCCCUUUAUUGAUCGUGUCCAUAUCCAUCAGGCUGUCGAUAAUCAGGCGAUUCCCGCUCUGGAGGCAAUGGCAGCAAACGAUAGUCUGCGUUCGCUCUACCGCUUUGAGCGCGAUGAUCCUCCGCCCUAUGUAUCCUCGACCGAGUCGGAGGAGCUCGAUGAUGCUGACCUCACUCCACUACCACGCGGCCGCCCUAUGCCGCAAGAGCUUCAAGUUCUCAUGGAACAACCCCUCAGCCAGGACGAAGUUGAUGAUAUUGCACAUUUUAUGUGCGAGCUUCCACGUCCCGACGACAUCUAUUACGAAGAAGCGUGGCGCGAGUACCGCCGGGUCGAUUCGCACCCUCGUGGCCCACGGCCCGAGAUGUUCAAAGACUUGAACGGCAGUCGGCGCCAGGGAGUCAUUGUUCGUCAUCUUGUCAAGCGGCGUUGGCAGAAACUUGGGGUCUGGAAUACGAGUUGGGGUUUUGCUGGGCGCAAGGUACAACCUGGUGACGAUUGGCGUAGGUGGACGUGGUGGUGGCAGCCUGUUGGAGCGGCCGAUGACCCGCACCAAGUAUAUCUGGACAGUCGUGAGCUGGUCGCGCGCGCCUUGCGACUGCGCGAGAAUCUGCGUCGCGGCGAGUAUGCCCCUAGCAUACCGCGGUCUCGUCUCAGGCCAGACGCGACUGCUGCCGAGGCGGAGGCAUUUCUCCUCUCUAGGCCAUGGUUCAUAUUUCGGUUAGAAGUGGCUGAGGAAAGCACGAGAUAUCGUCGCCUCUCCAAUGACGACCAACGACGAUACCCACAUUCCGGCCGGGACCAAGUCAUCAAGUGGUGGAGGGAACGCGGGGACUGGAGAGAUGAAUACAACAGCACCAGCAAAGUCGCGUCCUGGAAGUGGCGGCACGAGUCUCCUUCCCCGGAACCCGAAGACCUCGCUGUUCUGGACAACCUAAAGGGUAGGUCCCUUGACGCAGCGGAGGAGAUGGAGUUUACCCCUUCCGAGAUUGAUGAGCUGGAGGUAAUUGAUCGCCCAGAAUCCGAACAGCCCAAGGGUUUCUGGGUUAUAGGAAAGAAUGAUUGGACCAAGCACUAUCCUGGAGAGAUGGUUGACCAACAAGCAGAGAUCCAGGAAACGCUGCAAAAGAAUAGGGAGAAAGUGGAAAAGCUGAAAGCUGAAGGGCGAUACGUCGAACCACCAAAGGACCCCAUCAUUGAGCGCCUGAUGAAAAAAUAUGGAGAUCUCUUUGGCCCGCGACCAGCAGCAGAGUGCGAGGAGAUUCUUCCUGAAGCGCAGGAGGCAUCCAGAGAGGUCCAAGAGGACGAGCCCAGAUCACAAGACGAUAUUGAUCCUUGUCCACCGCGGACGCAGCGUCGCUUGCAUCAGCAUCAUGCGCGGGGCGGACUAGACAGCGUACAAGAUCAGGAUCAACCCGUCCCGCCACCACCCCGACGAAGCUCUAGGAUCGCCGCUGUGAAGCGCCGCGCGGAGCCUCUUCCAGAGCAGACUCAGCCGAAUAAACGGCUUCGAAGGACAGUACCAAAUGCCCUAGGACUUGCCACACCUGAUCCCGCGGCGGCGCCUGUCCCACGGAGCGCCAGAGCAAAGCCCGUCCUUGGACAACGUUCGCCGGAGGAAAAGCCGGAGAGCCGCCCGAGAAGGGGCCGGGGGCUUGCAAGGAGAGAGAAUGGACAAAGCAUCAGCUCCGCCGUGCAGAAGAGACCUGCAAGGACAAUUGCCAAGAACAGACCCAGAAAGAACAAGAAUACGCGAGCGGAAGCAACAAUUGGAGGAAAGCGACGAGGGAGGCCGAGACGGAACAGAUCAAGGUGA